GCAAUAAGCAAAGUUUCCAAUUUCUGAAAGGUUCAUUUUUUUCGCUUUCUUUCUGGUAUUUCUCACUUUCAGUUUGGUUGACGAGAAAAUCCCUGAGAAAAUACAAAAGGGUACAACUUUAUACAUCACAUCCCAAUCCCAAUCCCAAUCCCAAUCCCAAGUUGCUUUGCUUUUACUGGACAAUUCUUUCAAUUCAUUAAAAUGGCAGCUGAAGCAAACUCCAACAGUGAUAAUUUGACGCUUGACAAAGUGAGAGAGGCAUUGAUCAGACAAGAAGACACCAUUGUUUUCAGGCUGAUACAGAGAGCCAACUUCCCCGUCAAUUCUCCCACCUACGAUGAAAAGUUUGCAUCUUUUUCUGGUUCUCUGCUCCAAUUCGUGGUUAAGGAAACAGAAGCCCUUCAAUCCAAGGUUGGUAGGUAUGAAAACCCUGAAGAACAACCCUUUUUCCCAGAAAACUUACCACCUUCAUUGGUGCCGCCUCAGGCCAAUCCACCAGUAUUGCAUCCUGCUGCAGCUUCCAUUAACAUAAACGAGAAGAUAUGGGAUUUUUAUUUCAACCAAUUGCUUCCACUUUUUGCUGUCCCUGGUGAUGAUGGAAACUAUGCAUCAACUGCCUCUAGUGAUCUUGACUGUUUACAGGCCAUCUCUAGAAGGAUUCAUUAUGGAUACUAUGUAGCUGAGGUUAAAUUCAAGGAUGCCCCUCAAGACUACGAGCCUGCGAUUCGCGCUCAGGACAGAGAGGGUCUUAUGAAAUUGUUGACUUUUGAGGCUGUAGAAGAGAUGGUGAAGAAGAGAGUUGAGAAGAAGGCAGCGGUUUUCGGACAGGACGUGUGCCUGGUUGAUAAUGGAAAUGGGAAAUGCAAGGUUGAUCCGUCUGUGGUUUCUCGGCUCUAUGGAGAAUGGAUAAUGCCCCUCACCAAGCUUGUUCAAGUGGAGUACCUACUUCGCCGCCUAGACUAGAUUCAAGUCUUCCUAAAUUUUUUGUAUUCCCAAUUCAUGUGAUGAUUUGAAGGUUCAGAUUUGAACUGUCUAUUAUUUAGAAGAUCAUUCAGCCUUGUUCUUGAUGGCAUGACCAGAUAAUAAUACCAAGUUCUUGAUGUUCUUGUA